AUGACGGAGGGUGGCUCAGGAGAGAGCGCACAGGAGGGAUGUCAGGACUGGCGCGGCUCUCAUGACGGCAGGUCAGCUAUGCUCGAGGAGAAGCGAAACAGCUCGAGGUUUCAGGAGGGCAAUUCAAACUCACCUUGCGCGCGGAUUUGUCUAUCCUUUGACGGGUGCCGUGUCUCGUUCCCGAAGAGGGCAAGACAAAGAGAAGACGGCAGUGGAGAUGAGAGGACGGCUCGGCGCGGGUCUCAAGUUCAUGCGCAGAAGUGGCCCAGCCCGACUAUGAUGCGGCCUGACGCAGACACAGCAAGUGAAGAGGCAGCAGCAGAAGCAGAAGCAGGCGGUUGCUUGCCUUUGAUGUGUCAACUCAUGUAA